UAAAAGGCAAUCCCUGGGUUUAUUUGGUGUUUUGGACAAACACGGCUCUCUUCUCCCUUUUUCUCUCCAGUUCAAAUUUGCGACCUUCAGCUACGGGACUUUCAGCUUCUCUCUUCUUCUUCUUUCUUCUUCAGUCCUCUGCUUCGCGACCUCAGCAGGUACGUUUUUCUUCUUCUUCUUCUUCUUCUUCUUCCUGCUGCUGCUGCUGCUGAUAAAGUACCAAUUUACAUAUGUAAUCCUCCUCUGUCAAAUUCUCAUCUGUCAAAUAAUUUUCCCUUGCUGCCAAUCAAGCGAAGAAGCACAUCUGUCUCUUUCUGGGUGCGUUAGAAUCCAAAUCAAUGUAUGCGGAAAGCAAGACUUUCCUCUUACCAAAACUUGUGGUAGUAUGACAUUAAUGAAAACACUCUAGCUCUCCUCACCCCAAUCCUGGAAUUCAUCAACUUCCUAGUAAAUUCCUUCUAAAUAUCAUGUCCUGCAGAACUCCUCCUCCUUGUGUCCUCUGAAUCUGUUGCACGUUCUUCUUUCUGUCUUGAGAUUUUGUAUAAGUUGGGAAGGAAAUUCCCAAUGUGCUCUCUCCACACCACCUGUUGCCCCAAAAACUAACUCUACUUCCAACACUUACCCUUCCAAGUCCUUGAUGUAACGAUGCCACUGUAAGCUUCCCAUCCUUCCGAGAUAUUCCUCCAUAGUCCGCAUCCAUAAGGUAGCAUGUUGUUUUUAGUCACCUAUCCCCCUUUUCGUCGAUAUUUUCUUGCGAUCAUCCCCUCCCUAUAAAGUAUGUUCUCAGUUCCUGCUCUCCAUAUUAUUUCCAAGCAAAGCCUUCUUAGCUUUGCCGGUUUGUUGAGAGUGUUGCUUCCUCUAACUAAUUCUUCCGACUGGUUCAUAAAUAUAAGAGUAAAGAGUUGAUGAAGUUUCAUCUUGCAUUUCACUUCAUUUUUUAUUUGUGUUUGUUUCUUAUAUUUAACAUUUUCUAGUGUAGUAGAUUGUAAAAUUUAUUGAAGGAAUGAAAGAGAAACAAGAUAGUUUGUAUAAGUACAUCAGAUAUCACAUAUCAUGAAUAUUCUCUUACCUUUCGUGUCAGCUCCCGUUUUGCUUGUCAAUCAUUUCCGAAUAAUUUGGGACUAGAGAAAAGUGAGAAAACUGAAAAAGUUAAAAUUAUAGGAAAUGCAUUAGUCACCUAUCAAAGGAGCAGGAACCUAUCCAUAUCUUGAUCAUAAAUUCUCACUAGAUAUAUUUAGUAUUUUUACCUUGUUCUGCAUUGUUUGUUUUGCAACUUUUGUGUUUUACUAUUAUGAAGCUUUUUUGGCACCUCUCUGCUAUGUUUUGGUUUAAAUUCAGUUUAAGAGUGUUGUAUUGUGUACUGAUGUUACUGAAUUUAAGGGAGAAAUUUCACACUUCAGGUUAUUCUAUUGGACAGUGAAUAAAAGCCUAUCAACUGACAGGUUUUAGUAUUUCUUAUCAGAAAGGAAUUUGCUGCUUGCUUUAUCUUUGUGCUGCUUAUGGUAUUUUUCUCAGCAUCUUGGUUUAUCAUAUUGCAUCUUGAAGCAGCAGCGCAUGAGAGAUCAGGAUAUGUUUCUCUGGACAUAGUAUCUUCCAUAUAUUAUUUACAAAUCUGCCAGCUUGAUGAACCAUAUGAAUGCUGUGCCCUAGUAAUUUCUUCACCCUUAUAUUCCUCGAGAAUAUGGUGUUCCCUUCUUGUGACUUCUGUUUGAAUGAAUCUUCAAAGGAAUCUGUUGGAUGGUAUUUUUGUCCAAGAAGACCUGUUUAUUAUCCUAUAUAUUGUCAUGCGGCUUGGAUAAUCCAUAUCCUUUUGAUAUGGCUGCUAGCAGAUAUAUGUGCUGUAGCAAUUUUUUUACCGAGCAAGAUGCAAGGAUGUCUACUACUUCUGUUGGUUCUAUGAUAUUUGAAGCUCUUCUGGGUAAAAGCUCAAAAAACUGGUAUUCUAUAUCUGUUCAUUGUAUAUGAGAGAAGUAGUUUCUAUGGCUCCUUUUGGAACUCACAGGAAGGCAGUAUAAAUAUUUGCUGUUAUGUUUCUCUUGUAGUUUGAUGUAUUGAAAUGCGAGAUUUUCGUGGUCAUGACUUGAGAGAGAAGCUUGAUAGAGAGCAUUCUCCAGUGGGCAGAUACUCCUCUGGUAAAGGGCAUUCUCCAGUGGGCAGAUACUCCUCUGGUAGAGGGCAUUCUCCAGUGGGUAGAUACUCCUCUGAUAGAGGGCAUUCUCCAGUGGGCAGAUACUCUUCUGAAAGAGGGCAUUCUCCAGUGGGCAGAUACUCUUCUGAUAGAGGUGCAAGAGAGAGACAUGCAUCCCGUGGGCGCAGUCCUCCUGAGUCUGUUGAGAGGAGUGAUAGAAAGCGCAGGAUGAAACAUCAUUCGGAUGGUCAAAGUGACAUCUCUGGAAGUUUGAACAUGUCAGAUGGGACAGGAGAUCACGUGAAGGAGAAAAAACAUUUAUCGUCCAAUUCCAAAGAUGUCCUUCAGCUUAGGCAAUUGCAAUCCGAAAUCAAUAUGUUGGAUGAUGAAAAACGAGAACUGGAGAUAUACCUUGAAGAGACAACUUGUCAGGCAGAAAGUCUAGCUUCAAAAAAUCAGGAACUAGAGAUGGAACUUUUCAAGGAAAAGGAGGAACGUAGAAGGAUUACUUCGAAGACUAAGCAGUUCAUUGAAGCAUAUAAUAAUCACUCACGGUUAGAAGCUGAACUGAAGAGGUCAGAAGCUCAGCUUCAAAAGCUCGCUAAUAAACUAAGCUCAGAUUUCAUCAGAACUGGUGCAAGUGAAGAGGAUUCUGCCAUCAACUUUAGUGAUGAAGGGAUGGCUGGUAAUCAUUUUAGCUCAUUGGUAGAGCAGCAGAAGAAUACAUCACCUACCAAGAAAAGGCCAAGAAUUCAUCAUGAAGCUGAUGAAACGUCAAAUCAAGCGUCAACAAGAGCAAAAGGAAAUGGUGCGCAGAGGAUUGCUUAUCCUACUCAGCUGAGUAAUGAGAAGAAAGACGAGGCAGAGUUCAAGUGGGAGACCGUAGUGGGUGAAGAGAAAUCUAAGAAGGGGAUAAACUUUUCCAAUGACAUGACUUUCACUAACAAGCCCAAAGCUUCUGAGAUUGCUGUUGUUUUGCCAUCAACCAGCAUGGCCGCUCAUGCAAAGGAUGAAGAUGUUGAAGUUGGUGAGACAGAGGAAAAGCUUGAAGUAGCUGGGAAUGCUACAAGAAGAGCUGGGAAGGGAGUUCCUUCUGGUAUCGCAGAAUAUCCUUUUCUACCACCUCCUCCUCCUCUUCCUCGAGGUGCUAGUUUGCAGCAUAAGCGUGAUGAUGCAGGUGAUGAUGCAGAUGGGCGUGAUGAAGAGAUGUUGGAGGUGGAUAUUGUUUAGCAUAGUGAUCAGUAUGUUGCCAUUGUAGGAUGUGACUUUGUACACCGCUGGUGCAUAUGUAGGGGAAUAGAGCUAAUGAACUGGAAAUUAUGGUCAGUCUGGCCAACACAUACAAGUGUUUUUGGAUACUAAACGUUGUUAUCGACCAAACAAACUGUGAAUGGUGCUUUUAAGCUUUGGUUACCAGAUUAUUUUUUUUGUACAGCAAGCCAGUAGUUUUGAGUCUCUUAAUCUUUGAGUAUUUGAGGUGUGCUCGUCUAUAAAGAAACACAUAAAUUUCCAUUA